AUGCGACGACUCGUCGACCAGACUAUCAAACAUUUCGGUAAACUUGAUAUUCUCGUCAAUAACGCCGGCGCCGGGACUUCGGCCUCAUUUCAGGACAAAGACUAUUACGAAAGGUUUAAGACAACAAUGAAUAUUGAUUUCAAUUCUGUGGUCUAUUUAACGCAUAUAUGUGUCAAGCAUUUGGAGAAAACUAAAGGGAAUAUCAUUAAUAUCUCGAGUGUCUGUGGAUUGAGAGCCUUUGUAGGCCUGAGUCCGUAUUGUAUAGCAAAGGCAGCUUUGGAUAUGUUUACUAAGUGUAUGGCCGCCGAGUUGGGACCUAAACGCAUACGGGUUAACGUAAUUAAUCCUGGUCCAAUUCGCACCAGUUUUCUUACGGCUAUGGGCGCCACAGAGGAUGCCUCAAAUAAACUACACGAAUCAUUCGCUAAAUUGCCUGUCGGUCGCUCCGGCCUGCCUAAUGAUGUGGCCGAUAGCAUACUAUAUCUGGCCAGUGACCAUGCUGCGUUUAUCACCGGCACUAACUUGGUUACUGAUGGCGGUUCCAUUGCAUCCAACCAACUUGAUUUUGACCUUUAA